GAUUUAUGUGUGUGACACUUGAGUAACUAUAGCCCAAUAAAGGGCAUGUUAUGGUUUCGUAUGCUUGUUUAUUAGCAAAUCACAAAGAAUGGAGGUAUAUCCUUCCAAAAUUUUCAGGCGCUGUAUGUUUUGCAGGUUGAAGGAGGCUCCCACCUGGGUGUGCAAAAAUGGCAGAAGGAGCUAAUGAUGCAAUUGCAUCGGCAGAGAAUGACAAACUGAAGCAGACAACUAAAUUUACUCAUGAUUGGUAUCAGACAGAGACACAUGUUGUUGUUGCAAUAUUGUUCAAAAACACAAAGUUUGAGUCUAAAUCUGUGAAAGUAGAGUAUGGUGAACGAAUGCUUAGUGUCACAGCAAAACUUGAAAAUGGCGCAGAUUACAAUAUGGAGUUGGAUUUGGCACAUUCAAUUGUGCCAACUGAGUCAACACACAAAACCUUCACAAUGAAAAUAGAGAUAAAAAUGAAGAAGGCGGCAGAUAUCCGUUGGUCAGUGUUGCAAGGGCAGCCACAAUACCCAGAGGCAGCAGUGGCCCCUAUUCCUGCAGCAAUAUUGAGUGCUGGUCCGCCAAAAUAUCCAAGCUCAGCCCCAAAAUCAAAGGACUGGGAUCAAGUUGCUAAAGAAUUGGAUGACAAUGAGAAACCUGAAGGAGAAGCUGCGCUGAAUGCCCUCUUCCAAAAAAUCUAUGAACAGGGUUCAGAUGAAGUCAGGCGAGCUAUGAACAAGUCGUUUCAAGAAUCUGGUGGCACUGUUCUCAGUACGAAUUGGGGAGAAGUGGCAAAAGAGAAGGUGGAAGUAAGGGCUCCUGAUGGGCUGGAGUGGCGGAAGUGGGAUUGAUGAAGAAAAUGAAGAACAGUGUUGUGUUAUGCUUGUGUAUUUAAUAUAUUUUUGUAUUUUGAAAGACUUAAUAGUGAAAAACCAGAGAGUAUAUACACUGUAUAGUGGUUCUUCAUUUCACUUUUAAAAUAUUGACAAAAGUCAGAAACAGAGCUGCUGUGGGCACAUUAAACUUUCUUAACAUUUUUGUGCAUGAUGAGUUACAUGGUGGCUCUGGUGUGCACUUACUUUGGAUUUAGUAAAGAUCCUAUAAAAUGAAUUCUUACAUCUCAUAAUGUCUCAUAAUUUUGUUAAUCUUCAUCAUUGUUGUCUUAUCUUGUAAAUUUGUACAAUCUUUCUAAAUGCAUGCUAAUUUGUGUUUGCUUCUUUAAAGACUGAGUGUACAAAAUAAAUAAUGUCUCCAUAUUAAUAACAUAA